AUGGGGGCGGAGAUCCGCGACACGGCCGCGGCGGAGGAGCACACGGGCUUCCGGCGAGGGCGUCGGGAGUGCGGACGGCCGCGCUGCUACCUGGUGCUCCUCCUCCACUUCCAGCGCCGGGAGGUUGAGGUCGCGGCGCGCUGGGAGAGCGAGCGUCGGCGCAGCAGCCUCGAUCUCCUCCGUCUUCACCUUCGGCAGGAGGUUGAUGACGAGUCGGGGCUUGGGCGCGUCCAGAGGGACUGCAGCAGGCGGCGAGGAGAACUCCGGCAGUGGGUCGUAGCCCGGCGGCUUGAAGUGCUCCGGGUCCUCGUCAGAUGGCGUCGGGGACGGGAGGCCCGAUCCGUACCCGUAGCCUGGGCAAGAGUACAUCAGCGGCGGAGGCGGCGCUGCGAGUUCCUCGUCGGAGAAGUAGCGAUCUGGGUCAUCGACGAGCCAUCCGGCGCUUGGUCCGGCAAGCAUCCACUCCAUGGGCGCGUACACCAGUGCAGGAGGCGGCAGUUCCGUGGCAUCCGUGGUGAUGUUGGAGGCAGAGGCCUCAUCCUCGUACUCGAUUCCGACCCCUGCAGCAACCUGUUCAUCGACAGCGUUUGGUGCGGCAGCAACCUCUUGGGGCAUGACCAGGACGUCUUCCCUGGGCGCAUCCGCCCUGGUACUCGGUCCUGGCGCUCCAAGGGAGUUGCUGCGGUGCACCCGGCGGUGUCCACAGUGAAGGCGCUAGCGAUGGGCGUGGCGGCGAAGGAGGCCACCACCAGAACCGUAGCGACGAAGAGGAGCACGGUAUGGUGCAUUGCGGCGGCGGUGGCCGCCAUUCCUGUUCAGGCGACGCUGACGGCGGUGGCCGAAGUUCCGACGGCGAGCAGCAGCCGGACCAAAAGUCCGGUGAGGAAAACGGAAGCCCCGGCGUUCCCUUGCCACAAAUCGAGCGAAAGCGAAAGCAAGGUAUUUAUAUGUCCUGAGCCGUCGUGUUUAGACGCCGGUUACAAGGUUCGCGUCGUUUCGGAAAGACACGACGCUGGUUUGGAAAGACAUGCCGAUGGUUCGCUAUCUACUGCGUCUGGACAACGCCAGGAUUCUAACCACCGGCAAGAAGGGAUCCCUCAAGCUGGACGAAUGGGUGCUGUGCCGGCUGUACAACAAGACGAACAACUGGGAGAAGGUCAAGGUGGAGCAGGACAUGGUUGUGGAGGCAUGGCCUGGACGCUCGUCAACCUCGGCCACUUCAUGCGGCCGUGCUCCACCAGCUAUUUUGUGGUUCUUGCAAUCAGGGAGUUCCUCGCAAGACAGGGCCCUCCCUCUUCUGCUUCUUCUACUACCUACUGUUGCUGCUAUUGCUGAUUGGUCUAUGCACGUGCGAAUCAAAGUCCGAAGCUGUGAAGCAUAUCAACAAGUAGUAGCAUAUUAUGUGUUGUAAUUGUAGGCAGUAGUAGGCAUAUCUGGCUUGUAGUAUACUGUAAUGAUUGUAAUAGACUAAUGUAUUGUUGUUUUGGAUGAAUUUCGAUUGCUCUCUGGUCUGAUAAUUAUUGUGUAUGUGGUUUGAAUACCUGUGAAAUGGAAACCUGACAAUGGAGUCCAAGAUAUAAUGGUUGUUUGGCAAAGUUCGAAAUUUUUGA